AUGUACGAAUAUCUGCGAAUACAACAUUUUAGCUUUCGCGUAGUCGGCAUUGAUUUGUGGGCGCAACGAGAUCAGCGCAUUGCCAGCGCACCCUGUAGAUACUACAGCUGGACCCUGGCUACCGCAAUUAUUACGCUCCUCAUGGGUUUCUACAUUUACACCAGCGAGCAGGAUAAGGCGAUCCGAGUGUUAACGGUAUUUCUGCAAGGCGUGCUCUCUGUGAUCAAGAGUGGCAUGUUUGUGGCGAAGGGAAGACGCUUUAUUAAACUUAUACGUAGUUUAGAUAUGCUGGCGGCUGAAGCGAAUGUCAAAGAGGGAAAGGAAUGGAAGCAUGAAAAUGACUGGCAACAGCGCAUCGCACGUGUUUACUACAGUUGCUGCAUGUCAACAGGCACCCUGUAUUGUACAGUGCCUGCCGUCAUUUUACUAUAUAGCUGGUGUUUCAAUGAACAUACAAUCUUCAUACUGCCCUUCGAUGCAGCCUUUCCUUUCGACACCGGUCAUCCCUUCUUUUACACCGUCUCCUACAUUUGGUGCAUCUCCUUCAUAAUCUACGCCGUGCACGCCAUCGCCGCCAUGGAUUCAUUGUUUUGUUGGUUCAUCUUCAAUAUUUCCGCACACUUUCGCGCGCUGCAGCGUGCCGUGGAAACUGUGGGCGCGGCCAUGACCAGCGCAGAAGACUACGCCAGCUUGCAUAGCAGAAUCACACGAACUUUGCACUACCAUCGCCGCAUCAUCGAGUUAUCAGCGGAAUUUGAUGAACUCUACGCGCCCAUUGUGUUCAUCGAAAUCUCCGUUAGCUAUUUGAAACUCUGCUUUAGCGCUUAUAAUCUUAUCAAUCUGGGUGACAUAUCUGGGCUGCCGGUGAUAGCUGUUGGACUGGUCACCAUCACUUUCCAAUUGUGCAUUUAUUGUUUUAGUGGCGAAAAAAUUAAAAAUGUGAGCGAAGCGGUUUCUGAUCGUAUUUAUUUGGCGUUUCCCUGGGAGCGUGCGCCUCCAUCCAUCAGGCGUUUGCUACUUUUGCCACUGAUGCGCGCUCAACGUGCCACCAAUUUAACGGGAUUUCUCUUCAUUGUCGAUCACAGCUUAUUAGUGUGGAUAUUUAAAACUACCGGCUCCAUUAUCGGCUUUUUGUCGGCCACCAAAAGUGAAAAUACAACCUCGUUAACUAUUUAAAUCGUCACUUUAAAUACUAAAUUAUUCA